UAUUUGGUCACUAGACCAUUUUUCACUGAUUAAAAAUUGUCAUGUGUUCAUGGUUCAUGCUGAGAGAAUAUUAGUAUAUUACUCCUUAGAUUUUAAUUUCAAACUUAUACCCAAAAGUCCAAUUCAUUUAUCACGCGGACCUUUUAAUUUGGCCCAAGCACACAUUAGUCUGUGUGUGUGGUUGUGGUGGACAGGAGGGAGGAGGAGGAGGAGCCAAGGCCUGGAGAAAAUUUGCAGACCGUUUGUCCUGCAACUAGUUUUCAAUAUGAGACCAGAAAAUGACAGCGAAAGCAGGAGUAUGAGCCGGAGCCGGAGCCGUAGCAGGAGCCGCAGCCGUGGCCGGAGCAGAAGCCGUAGCCGGAGCAGAAGUCCGGUGGAUCACAAGAUCCGUUCAGAGCGGAUUUCCCACCGCGAUGCACCAUAUAGGCGGGAUGCACGCCGGGGUUUCAGCCAAAGCAAUCUGUGCAAGAAUUGUAAAAGGCCUGGUCAUUUUGCGAGAGAGUGCCCUAACGAGGCAUUAUGUCACAAUUGUUCUCUUCCUGGGCACAUUGCAUCAGAGUGCAGUACAAAAGGUCUGUGUUGGAACUGUAAGGAACCAGGGCACAUGGCUGGCAAUUGUCCAAAUGAAGGAAUUUGCCACACUUGUGGGAAGAAGGGACACCUUGCAAAAGACUGCACUGCCCCUUCCCUCCCCCCGGGUGAUAUGAGACUCUGCCACAAUUGCUUCAAGCAAGGUCACAUAGCAGCUGAAUGUACGAAUGAGAAGGCGUGCAAGAACUGUAGGAAGACUGGCCACCUGGCACGUGACUGCAAGAAUGAUCCAGUCUGCAACACGUGUAACGUGUCCGGGCACGUUGCCCGAGAUUGCCCGAAACCCGCAAUCAUCGAUGAACGGGCCCCGCGGUCUCGUGCUCCUUUUGGGUACAGAGAUCCUGUGCUAAGGGACAUGGUGUGUAGGAACUGCUCACAGUAUGGACAUACGAGUCAGGAUUGUAUUGCGAUGAUAGUAUGUCAGAACUGUGGUGGGAGAGGGCAUAUGGCGUAUGAAUGCCCCUCUGGAAGAUUCAUGGACCGUUUCCCUCGGAGGUAUUGAAUGUGAACUAAACAUGAAAAAAUGAUUAGCUGCUUGCUGUUCUCACCGCAGCGUCAGCCAAGUAAGUUGUACUUUGUCUCUCGUGGAGAUAUAUUACUCAUUUUAAUCCAAAAACAACCCAUGGUUUGAUUUUUUUUAGAGUAUUUGACAAAUUUCCUACGAAAGAUGCAACUCUGUAUUUCUACACUCAAGGAAUUAUUUGGGUAAAAGAUGAUUUUGUGUUUAUCAUAUACCCUUUUGGACAAUUCUUUUGAUCAUGUGAUUGUGUUUGGAUGGAUCAUUUCAAGUGUGUUUGCUAUGAUGAGAGGCUCCUUUGUUUGCAAGAAGAUGAAUGAAGGGCACAUUUUUAU